AUGCGAGAUUUGGAGAGCAUAGACAAAUCCGGGGAGGAUCCUGUCAUAGCAGCAUUAAGACCAUACGGAGCGCCCGACGAAGACGGGCCAACGACGCCCGACUCAUUCCAAAAGUACUUCGGGAAUUACUCGGGAUCCGUUCACCGUGACGUCACUGAAGAGUCAUCGCUAGUAGAUCACCUAAUUAAUCUCGAACACAGCUAUGACAACGACACACAGAGAACAGACGACACUGCCACAGAUAGCAUAAUAAAUGACACAGAUGCAACAGUUAAACCCUUCCACGAGGAUGUAGUUACGAAAUUCUUAAGAUUAAUCGAGACUCAGCAUUUGCUUGGCGAGAAUUGUACAGCGGGGACUCACUUAAAUUUGGGGGAGGGUGUGGUGGAUAGGUACGCUCAGGAGAGGUUUAGAGUUGAGGCUGACGUGGCUGUAAAUAGAGCUAACAUGCUAACGAGGCUUUGGAAGUAUGCCGGUCCGUCUGUGAUGCAUAAUGAGUAUCUCCUCCAUGCUAGUGUUUUUUCCAUGGUGGAGUUUGAUGAUAAUAUCUUCGGCGCUGGGAACUGCUAUGAUCAGUAUCAGUAUAAAGAUUAUCAGCUGUUCUGCCCGUUUGCAUAUAGACUACCAGAAGGUCCUAUUCUUGCGAAGGACCUCGCUGUAGAGUACAAAUACUUGAGCAACAUGUCCGAGUGGUUUUACAUCGCCAGGAAGAAUGCGGAGCGCGUGAUCCGCAACCAUAAUCAGUUUCAAAGAGGAUACAACACGUACACAUACAACGAUACGACCCACACAGAACGAGAGGAAGAUGAAAUCUUAGCUGUAGCCUACGAAGAUGGGAAAUGGUCGAAACCCUACUACGAUUGUGGUGGUGGAAACAUUUGGAUGCUGACUUACACCGUACCUUUCUUUGGCUAUAGUAACGGCACCUAUUUCUUCAAGGGAACCAGCGGUAUCGACAUCGACUUGAGAAGAGUGGAUAUCGAUCAGUGCCCGUUGAAGGUUGGCUCUACGCAGCUCAAUAUCUUUGCCGGCACUGACAAGUGUAAGAAGAGAACAACUGAGUGCAUAUCAGUACCUGGAUUGGGUUUCCGUCGUGGGUCCUAUCGGUGUGUGUGCCGGCGCGGGUUCUACUUCCCUAACACCACAGCCGAGAACCGCUACUACAAUGGCAGUGUCAUUGAAGAAGAGUAUGAGAAGAAUUUACAGCACUACCACAGUUUAUAUUCGCAACAGUCGGCCUUCGAGUGUAUACCAUGCGCAGAAGGGUGUGAAGCGUGUGUAGAUGGAUCACCCUGUGUCGCCGCCCUGAACUGGGUUGCCAGAACUACAAUCUUCGUUCUCGCCUGCCUGGUCAUAUCCUGCCUUCCUUUCAUCGUGUGGUUUACUAUGAAAUAUGGACACGUUCGGGUAGUCCGAGCAGCCAGCCCAGCUCUUCUCAGGGUUAUUGUGUUGGGUGCGACCCUUAUAUACUGCACUACGCUGGUCAUGUAUGGCAGACCCACGGUGCUGACCUGCACAGCCAGGGUCUGGCUGCGAGAAGUCGGAUUCUGCUUGACGUACGGCGCUUUGAUGUUGAAGACUUGGAGGAUAUCAGUGAUCUUUCAAGUACGGUCAGCAAAAGCGGUAAAAAUCUCCGAUAUGUAUCUAUUACGACGGAUCGGAGUAAUUGUAGGCGUCGCGUGUGUUUUGCUGUCCAUACGAACGCUAGUGGCGCCACCUGCGGUCAUCGUUGGAAGGACGAAGGAUGAUUUGAAAGCUUAUCUCUGUAAUACAGACUGGUGGGAUCAUUCCUUCACUACACUGGAGGUGAUAUUCCUGGUGUGGGGGAUACGCUUGUGCAUCAUGGUCCGUAAAGCGCCUUCGGAAUUCAACGAGAGUCGUUUCAUUUCAAUGGCGAUUUACAACGAGUUCCUUCUUUCAGUCUUCCUAAAUAUAUCUAUGUUAUUCCUCCAAUCUCCGGCAAACCCCGACCUCCUCUACAUAAUAUUCUUCUGUCACACCCAGCUCACUGUCACGCUACUUCUCUGCUUUAUUUUCGGGAGUAAGGCGUACAUGGUGUACAAAGGUCAAGGGAAAGACGACAGAGAGAAAACUGGCAAGUUUCGCUCCAAACCUGCUGAGUCCACUUAUACUAUGACAACCAAUAGGAGCACACGGUUCUGUGAUAAUAUGACUGAGAGGGAGUUAGAGGAAGAGUUUCAAAAGAUCUGCAAGCAGUUGGAGAAACUACGAGAACGCUGUAUGCCAGUGAACACUAUUCCGAGAAAAAUAACAGCCAUGCUAGAUGCCGCUACAUUGCACGAACGAAAGCCAGCGACAUCUGACUCCGCUCCACUCAAAUUAAACACAGUUUUCAGCGCAGUUGCAGAUAGGCUGAUGUGCACCGUAACACCAGCUGAAGAAUCAAGCAGUAGUGGCAGAGACUUGACUUUCGACGCUCCACCUUCUUACAAGCAAAAGUUCACCCCACCUAAAAGCACUGAGAACAGCAACGCAGAACAAAGCCAAACAGACGUAACCACAGACUCACCGAAAAGAAGAACAGAUGAUAAAGAGGGUGUCUUCAGAAUAUCCGGUGAAGCGAAUUGUGGAGAUAUUAGACCACCGGAAGUCAGUAGAAAUGGUUAUAAGAGUGACAAGAGUGAAGUGAGAGUGAGUCCGGGAUCUGAGGUGAGGGGGGUAAGGUCGGGACAUGCUAGAACUCACGCAAUUGUGAUAAAUUUGGAUGAUAAGAGCCGGUUUACAGAAGAGGUAACCGUUUGA